GUGGUCACAGUAAACGAUUGGGCGGGGUCUAGCUGUAAAGAACAGCCUCGCGCUCGGUCUCCAGCCUAACCCCCGCAGACAGCGGACAGUUGUGGUUGUGGCGAUGUCGAACCGCGCGUGCACGCAGUGACCGCCGCUCGCUCUCUCGCGCUGCAGCGUUCAGCGGAAUGCCGUCUCGCUCUCGGAGCGGCGAACCCCGCAGGACAGCGCAGCCGUCCCGUCUCCUGAAUCUGCAGGAAUAACCCACAGAUUACAAUGAGUUGCCUGGAUGUUAUGUGCCCACCCUAUGGACGUUGCGCACCGUACGACACUGCCGCCUCUGCUUUCAGUUUCAACAGUUUACAGGCACCAGUCGGUCUGAGGAGUUCAUCGCCCUGCGGUAAGGUUUCCGGGGAGACCGGGAGGAUGCAGAAAGGGGCGGAGGAUGGUGUUCCAGGAGCGGCCGGCGCGGGGGCGCCGUACCCCCAGGCCGGGCGCCGGGCGGAGGACGGGCCGAGGGAGAAGCAGGACGCCCCCGAGGCGGAGUACCUGAACGCCCGCUGCGUCCUGUUCACCUAUUACCGCGGCGACAUCGGCGCCGUGGUGGACGAGCACUUCUCCCGCGCCCUCAGCGCCCGCGUCGAGGGGGAGGGGAAGAGGCAAGGCCCCAACCCGCCCACAGAUGCCCCGUCCCCCAGCAGCAGACGAAGCUUCCCCCCUUCCUUCUGGGACAGUAACUACCCCGCCCCUGCAAGCCGGGGGCCCUGCGAAGGGCCUGUCCCAGCCUAUUCCAUGGACCCCUACCCCUCUGCCCUGCACCCGGGCCUGUCCCAGCCUCACCCGCACCCCUCCGAAUCCUGGGGGUACCCCCAGGGCCAGGCCUACGGGCCCCCGAGGCCCCUGCACGAACUCUACGGCCCUGCAGGCCUGGACCAUCAUUACGGGCCCCUGCUCAUGCCCGCCGUCAGGCCCGCCCACCUGUCCGCAAUCCCCGCCCACUAUGAUGUCAACAAGCUGGACCCCGCCUCCGCCUGGCCGGGACUCCUCCCCCCGGCCGACGUCUCACAGGCUUUGGGUCUCAACAUGGACGCCGGCCUGCCGAAAGGGAAGGAAGUGUACUGGUUCUGAGCACCUCGUGUCCAAACCGACCCACCGUUACGGGAUCCAAUUAAGCCCUGGACUCGUCUCUCUGGAAACGACGUUUCCGACGUUCCCUUUGUCCUCUGGCCAUACCGAGGUUCAACAAUCGCGCUGCGGAGUCAUCUAGGCAACGUGGAGAUCGAGGACAAAAAUGACUGGGAGAGCAAGAGAAAAAGAGAGGGGGAUAAGAGAGAGAGAGAGAGAGAUGGAUCUUGGAAAAUGGUCGUCCGAACCAAACCUGUUGCUCUCCCCGCUGCUUUUACAGACACAGCUACUGGACUGCGCUCGCAGGGAUAAGUGGGGGAAGAGACCUGUGGACAUUCUGUGGGGAUGUUGCUCAAACUAAUGUUGACUGAGGGCACUUGCAUGUCAGAAUUUGGUCUCCUUUUUUUUUUUUUUUUUUAAACCCUGUGGAACUUUUUUUGUGUGUGUGUCCAACGAACUCAUCAUUGGAAAUCCAAACACAUCGGGAUUUUUUGUUUUUCUUGUUCACUGUUGUGUUUUGUUUUUUUCAAGUGCUUACACUUGUACUGUAUAUUUGUGUGUGUAUAUAUAUAUAUAUAUAUAUGUAUUUAAAAAAAACUGAAUCACCGUUAGCCAAGUCGCCUGAGAAACAGUAUGUGAGAAUCCAGGAGAGGAUGCCAAUUAGUAGACAGUUGCAUGUGAUUUCUAUUCUUCAGAAAUGGAAGAAAAAGUGACAAAUAUAACGAAGGAACAGAUUUAUUCAGAGAUUAGCAUCCUUCUUGUCCGUCAUUCUCACCCUGGCAUUAAUUUCAGGGCCUAAAUGCAUUCAUUUACGAUUCUCAGAAUGUCGUCAGCCGAGCCUAGGUUCAGUUCGACGCCUGAUUUGGAUGUUUUGCUCAUUUUGUCCUUGAAGUUCGUGGUGAUUAAAAAAAUAAUAAUAAUUGUGUUUUUAUUUCUGAGCUGUGACUGCGUGUAGCAACGGAAAGUGCAGAUUUGCCUCGUACGUCGACCAAGAUGUUAUAAAAUGUUACAUUAUUAAAAAAGAGUAAUCGGU